GCAACAUUCAGAAAACAUCCCACAGACUCUGCUUCCUGCUAACACAGAGUUUGUCUGGCAACAUCUCACUUUAUUUGUAGUCUUUUAAGGCACCAGAAGGCAGGCAAAACUCAGCAGCCAGCAGCCAUGGAAGAGCAUGUCUUUACCAAUGAUUAUCAAAAUGUCAACACCACUAUCUAUGAGAUUCCAGACUCUGAGGAAGACAAAGAGAAUAAUCUUCAUGAUCAUGUCCAUGAAGAUCCAGCAUCUCCUUCUUCUAUCACUGCUACCCUAGAGAUGAUGGAUACUUGUCAAGAGAGUUCAGAGGAUAGCUGCAGUAUUUCUAUGGCCUCUCAGCGUGGGGCUGAUGCGGAGGAUGGUUCUUCUUCAUCUCACCACAGUGCUGAAGAAGACCACCCAUACCAAGAGAUAGAUCUGAUGAGCACAACUCUGGAAGACAAGCAAGCAGAGGACAUCACGUUUGAGAGAAAUGUUCAUUUUCCUCCAGAUUUCCAGCUGCGUCGAAGCCAGGGCACUUCCAGCUCUUCAACUUCCCUCAAGUUCCCCUUUAACAAUAACUUUGGAGAAACUGACAACAUUCAGGAAGACUGUGAGAUUUUCAUGUUUGUAAAGGCCGGUAUAGAUGGAGAAAGCAUUGGAAACUGCCCGUUCUCCCAGCGUCUCUUCAUGAUCUUGUGGCUCAAAGGAGUUGUGUUCAACGUCACCACAGUUGACCUGAAAAGAAAGCCAGCUGACCUACACAAUCUGGCUCCUGGGACCCACCCACCUUUCUUGACUUUUAAUGGAGAAGUCAAGACAGAUGUUAACAAGAUUGAGGAAUUCUUGGAAGAGACUCUUGCACCUCCAAAGUACCCCAAGCUGGCUGCCAAGCACCGGGAAUCAAACACUGCUGGAAUCGAUAUAUUUUCCAAAUUUUCUGCAUACAUCAAAAACACCAAGCAGCAGGAUAAUGCUGCCCUUGAAAGAGGCUUGGUGAAGGCUCUGAAGAAGCUGGAUGACUACCUGAGAACCCCUCUGCCAGAGGAGAUUGAUGCAAACAGCACUGAAGAGGAGAAAGUGUCUAAACGCAAGUUUCUGGAUGGAGAUGACCUGACUCUUGCUGACUGCAACCUUCUGCCCAAACUCCAUGUUGUCAAGAUUGUUGCAAAGAAAUACCGCAACUUUGAGUUCCCAGCAGAGAUGGCAGGGCUGUGGAGGUACCUGAAGAAUGCCUAUGCCAGGGAUGAAUUCACCAACACCUGUGCAGCAGACAAAGAAAUUGAGCAAGCCUACGCGGACGUGGCCAAGCGUCUCAGCAAGUCUUAACUGACCUCAGCAGUGGCUCAGUAUCCCCUUUUACAGACUCUUUUCCUUGUUGCCUUAAGACAUACUUUAACAUUAUGCUUAUCUGGUUGGCAUCCUUAUGACUUUGCCUGGACAAAUCUGCUUCUCCCUGGACAAAAGUGAAGGCAGCUCUAGUGUGGGGGCAGCUCUAGUGUGGGAGACCCUUUGAAAUCUGAACCUAAGGUCUGGCUCGACUAGUAUUAUUCAGAAUCAGUAUUAGCAAUGAGUCUGUUCUAAUGGUUUCUUAUUUCAUGUUGGAGCUAUCUCACCACCUGUAUUCUUUAGAGUUUUAAAAAUUGAAAAUUAGCUUAAAUUUCAAGUAAGAGAGCUAGGAACACAUAGGCCUAGUUAUUUUGUAGGUUUUUUCAAGGACACUUUUCCCCAAAGUACUGUUGAGAUCCUUGAGGCAGAAGGAACAUGUAAGAGAAGGGACGAAAAGGAGUUUGACCCUAAAGGGAGAGAUGCUCUUAGCAGUUAUAUUUAAAAGACUCUCUGAAUGCACAUUCUGCCUUAGCAGGCCCAAGACUUUAUAGGGCAUUUAUUUUUAACUUGGUGCAAGAGAAGGAAGCCUUAGUGAAUAUGUCAGACUUGCAGAUGCUACUUUGCAUAAAAUUUGCAUGAUGUUGUUAGAUCUGAAUGUUUAAAAUGAAAGAGAAUGAAUGAGCAAUUGAGCAGGCAGUGCUUGGAAGAGCGAGGCUAGUGCCAAAAUGCCCAGUGGAUCUGCUAGCUGGUAAAGACAUAGUGACGUAGCAAUAAUGUUGACUCCAGCAAGCAGAGGGACUUGGCACAACUGUCCAAACCGUGUAGGAUAUUGUCGUCUUGACUGUAUGGUUGCCAUUUCCUUUGUAACUGCUAUCUUGGGAAACUUGGCUGGGCAGAAGAAAGCUGUCACUGCACACAAAUUCUAGGCAGGGAGAAGCGCUUUCCUAGUGUUGGGCUCUAGAUGGGUCACUUUCAAUCACUAAUCAUCUCAUCCCAGGAGAAAUUUGCUCUAAGAGCCUCAAAAAGGGCAGGCUAAAACAGAGAGAGCCAGAAAUUCAGUAAGUGUGCUAGCAGAACUCCAUGCAUGAAGCCUUAGUCCCACUCCUCCAAGGUUCUCUGAUCUUGGUUAUACAACCCUGAGUUAGGAUUGUUUGCUAAAACUGA